GGGGCCGUGCUCGGUCUGAGAGAGGCUUGGACUCGGCAUCAUUAAUACUCUCUUGCAAGGGUUCUCGCCCAUUCGUCCACCGCAGCCCCAGCACCCAGAGGGUGUGCAGCUAUGCCAGUGUCCGGAACGUUUUCUCCCAGAGUCCCAGUCUAGCGAUUUUUGUUUUCGCAGUCAGGUCGCGUCACUUCUAACCCGCAGCCCUCCCUUCUCCCUUCUGCCCUCUAACAUGCCACCCACCACGCACGACAACACGAUCGCGAAACCACCCACCAAACCCUCUGCUACAGCCGAACACCCCCCGCUUCAGAAGCCUGAUCCUACACUCGAGUCCAACAAUGCCCGAGAAGGAAGACUCCCCUCCACCGCCUCCUCCCGCGCCCCCGAAUUCACCAGUCCUGCGAUAAGCUCCGAGCUGAACCUUCUCACGACAAGGCUGAGAGGCUCGCUGCGUCAGUUUGAGGACUUCCCCUCCCCUGGGAUCAUAUUCGAAGACAUAUUCCCGAUCUUUGCGGAUUGUGCGCUGCACGGGACGCUGAUACGGGCCCUGGAGCUGCAUGUGUUGCAGGCCUACGAACAGCCCCCCGAUGUCGUGGUGGGCUUGGAUGCUCGCGGCUUUCUCUUUGGCCCGAGCCUAGCUCUCCGACUCGGCGCGGGAUUUGUUCCCGUGAGGAAGAGAGGCAAGUUGCCUGGAAAAUGCGAGACGGCCAGCUUUGUCAAGGAAUACGGCGAAGAUUAUUUUCAGAUGCAGAGCGACGCGGUGAAAAGGGGACAGAAGGUCCUAGUGGUGGACGACAUCAUUGCUACAGGCGGCUCAGCGGCAGCAGCAGGGUCGCUGGUGAAGAAGCUUGGAGGCGAGUUGCUUGGCUACGUCUUCAUUCUUGAAUUGGACUUCCUGCAGGGACGCGCAAAGCUUGAUGCGCCCGUGUAUACGCUUUUGUCAAGCCAGGCGAAGUCAUGAUCCUCCUGCUCGACACCUAGGGUUAUUCUGCAUGGGAAAGGCGCUUUGGUUUCUCACGGGGCACAUAUUGCAUAAUACCUCGGGCUCCGCAGCCCUUACACUGACGGAUCCGGCAACAUGAUAUUCUCACCUCUAACGUGGCAUUCACGAAGGCUAAAUAGACAGGCGACUGAGUGUUUCAGACUCGAAUAUAAUGCUUUGAUCGCUGCGAUGCUACGGCCAAAAAUUUUGGGGGGCCCUAGCCCUGCCCCUCCAUCCACAAUCACGCCAACUAAGGCCCAGUAGCUCCGAAAGACGGCAGCCGGCCACCCCCACCUUCCCAGUCCAGGGUUGCGACCGCCCGAUUCGGCAUGCGUCAGGGCCUAUGGUGAACCUCCCGACGAUAGCCUCUGCGGAUUUUCACGCGUUCAUGCCCGGCUCACCAUACAGUAAAUUGCGCGCUCUUCC